AAAUAAUAAAUCAUGUCUAAUAUGUUGUUAUCACAAUUAUUACGUUUAUUUAAUAAAACUAACUGCUCGGUCUGUUCAAAGCGAUAUUCUGAUGUUAAGGUUAAAUCUAAAGAUGUAGAUCCUUUUAUGGUGCCCUAUAGUAAUUCACCAAAAGAUCAACAACGGUUAUAUGUUUGGGGUAUGGCUGAACAUGGUGCACUAGGGGAUCUAAAAAUAAGAUCAAGAGAGCGUAAUAUACAGUUCAUAUACAGACCUGUUAGAAUGAGAUUUGCAUAUUCUCAUAAAAUCAUGGAUUUAGCAUGUGGUUAUGGAUUUACAGUGUAUGCUGUUGAUAGUAACCAAUACAAACUCUUCGGUUGUGGUUUAAAUACAGAUUCCCAAAUAGGUUAUCAUGAUCCUCGUAAAGGUUAUCCUUUAGGAUUGAUAUUAGCCACUGUUCCAAUUCAACUUCCUUUAGAACAAUUAAACACAAAAGUCAAAGCAGUAGCUGCUGGUCGAGCUCAUACACUAGUAUUAACAAAUACAGAUGAUGUAUAUGCUUUAGGUAGUAAUUGUUAUGGACAAUGUGGAAGGCCAAUUAUUGAAAAUGAAGACUAUACUAAAUUACGAAAUGUUAAUAGUAUUACUUUAGAUGAUGGAAUUGCUAAAAUAAUUUGUGGGCAGGAUCAUAGUUUGUUCAUAACUAAAACUGGUAAAGUAUAUUCAUGUGGAUGGGGUGCUGAUGGCCAAACAGGGUUAGGCCAUUAUAAUAAUGAAUUUCACCCUACUGUUAUUGAAGGAGAUAUAAAAGGACAAACUAUAGUGAAAGUAGUAUCUUCGGCUGAUUGUGUCUUAGCUUUAAAUGAUAAAGGUGAAGUUUUUGGUUGGGGUAAUUCAGAAUAUGGUCAGUUGUUAUUAAAUGAUGAUAAAUAUCAAGUAAAUAUUCCAAGAAAUUUGCCUUUAAAAAAAUCUAUUGGUAAAAUUAUUGAUAUUGGAACAACUGGAUCAGCUUGUAUAGUUUUAAAUGAUGAAGGUGUUGUUUAUGUUUGGGGUUUUGGAAUUUUGGGUAAAGGUCCAGAAAUAAACCGUAGUCGUGAACCUACACCAAUACCACCAAUUUUAUUUGGUAGAAAUCAAUAUAAUACUGAAACUAAAGUUAAAUCAGUGUCUUGUAGUUUGUUUCAUAUGGCAGCAAUUACAACCGAAGGGAAUCUAUAUACUUGGGGUAAAAAUAAAUGGGGCCAAUUGGGUCUUGGUCAUACAAAAGACCAAUAUUUUCCGUUACAAGUAUCUGUAGGUGCUUCUGUUAAAAAAGUGAGUUGUGGAGUUGAUCACAUGGCUGCCUUAUGUAAACCGUAUCAAUAAAGAUAAUUUUUGGGAGAUAUUUAAAUAUUUUCUUUAGUACAUUACAGUUGUUAUAUAAUUAUAAAUUGGUGCCAAAUAUUUACUCUUCGCUUUUUAAUUGUAUAAUUUUAUUUUAUUAUAACUAUA